GACAGCUAAUUAUAAAUAUCUGAUAUAAUCAUAUUUUUUACGUGAAUGACAUAAUAACUUUUGGCCACCAUGAAACUCGUGCUUACAAAAUCAUUGCAAUGUUUUAUACUGUUGCUCUUGCUUAGUUUUGUUUUAUGUGAAAACAAGUACUCAAAAAAUGCUAAUGAAAAGCAGAAGAACAAAAAGGUUGAUUUUAGAACUUUAGAGAAACCGUUCAGAAUGAACAAGCUUAAUAUUUUGUGGACGAAAGCCAAGCAGCGCUUAAGCGAGCCGAAACUACAAUCACUGUAUAGUGAUUUGAUGAUACACGACAAAGAAGAAGUGACUUAUAAACGCGUGAAGAGCGAAGGGGGCGACAAGGAGGGGUGGAAGGAGGCGGAGCUGCGGCGGAAGCUCACCAACAUCAUGACUGUUUAUGGCCUUCGGGAACACUUUGACGACCACUCAGGAGGCAAGGUCAAGGACCACCCAGCUCACAACUCUGCAUUGGAUGACCAUAUCAACAGGAGCAUUUUCAAAGACAAGAAGUUGAACAUGCUCUGGUCAAAGGCAGAAGCGUCAGGCUUCACCAGCGAAGAGCUAGCUGCUCUGAAAGAGGAGUUCAGCCACCACCAGGAGAAGAUAGACCAAUAUUAUGACCUGCUCAAUAAUGUUGAUAAUAUUAAGAGUGAUAGCUUUAAAAAUGCUGUCAAUGAGGAAGAAUUGGACAAAUUCAAUGAAAUUAAUUUCCAGACAAAAAACAAUGAAAUUGGCCAGAAGGAUUACCUUGAUGCAGCAAAUUUAGUAAGAGACAAACACAGAGGUCUGAGGGACGGAUAUGACAGACUUCAGAGGAUGACAGCCAGAGGUCCUAAUAACAAAGAAUUCAUUGAGCCCAAAGUACAAGGACUAUGGAAAAUAGCUACAGCCGCCAACUUCACUGUAGAUGAACUUGAAUCUUUGAAGGUCGAGCUGCAGCACUAUGAGUCCAGGCUGCUGAAACUGCGCCACAUCCAAGCAGACCACGUAAACAACUUCGAUAAGCAUCACAGCAAGAUAGCGGCGGCUGGCGACAAGGUGGACCACUUCGACGAGCAGCAGCAGAUGAUCAAGAAACACUCUCGUAAGGUGGAGAAGCUGCACCAGGACCUCGAGAGCAGGAUCCUUGCGAGGCACUCCGAGUUAUAAGUUAUGUCUAG